AUGGCGGCUGAGGAGGGGGAGGACGGCGGGAUGUCAUAUUAUGCGGUGCUCAAUGUGCCGCGGGAAGCCACCACUGAGGAGAUAAAGCGCGCCUACCGCCAGCUGGCGUCUGUGUUCCACCCGGACAAGCACGCGGAUGAGGAGCUGCGAGUGCAGGCCCAGGAGGCCUUCUCUCGGCUGCAGGAGGCGUAUGAGGUGCUGUCUGACCCCUCAAAGCGCGAUAUCUACGACGCAUACGGCCGCGAGGGCCUCUCCUCCGGCCUGGAGGUCGGUGCAAAGCUGCAGAGCACCGAGGAGCGCCGCGCCGCCUGGAAGGCGUUCCUAGACGAGCAGGAGCGCAAGCGCCAGGACGCGCUGAGUAAUCACAGGGGCACCUAUCUAUGCCGCCUGGACGCGACCGCGCUCGCGCACGGCGCGCCGCGCGCGCCGUCGAUGCGCAUGGUGAUGGCGUCCAACGCGGUGGAGAUCCCUUUGGAGGUCGGCGGCGCCGACGGCGGCACGGUGACGGUGCAGGGGCAGGCGCUGCUGCGGACGCACCCGCGGCUGCCGGGGACGAUGCUGGGCAGCGGCAGCGUGCUGGCGGGGUACCGGCGGAGCCUCGGGGACUCCAACACAAUCGACGGCAGCGUGCAGGUGGGUGUUCUCUGGUUAGUGUUGGGAGUGUGA